AUGUCAGUCGUCCAGGAACGAUCGAGCUUGUCAUUGAGCUACGCCUCCUCAUUUGAAGAUUCACGUCCUCAUUGGCUUGGUGACAGUUGUCGUUGCUCAUCAGAGGAUCUCUACAACACCAUUGCAAAGCUUGAACAAGAAGCACGUUUGGCAGCAGAAAUUGGGCAGACAUUACUGCAAAAGCAUGAUGCACUGAAACAUGAAUCGGCUCAACUGGAGAAACAGCUUGCUUUGUCACACGACAAGACGCGGCAUUUGGAACGUUUGCUACAUGAACAAGAUUCUGCCAUGGAAGAUUUAUCCGAGAGACACAAUCGCGCUAAUUGGGAACGACACAAGGCUGAACAGACGCUACGAGAAACGGAAGCUGAUUUGGAAAUGGCCAAUGCACGUAACUCUCAAUUGAUGAACGACCUCAAGUCACGAGCCUCUGAACUUCGAUCCACACGAAUUGCAUUACAUCAAGCGGAUACACGCGAACAGAAUACUCGAGCCAAGCUCGAAGAUGCAAAGCAAGAGCUGAUUGCAGCACAAAAAUCAGAACGAGCGAUCGAAUCAAAGCAUAAAAAGUUGAGAGCUCGAUAUGACAUGCUGUAUAGUGCCUAUGAAAAGCUCAAGUUGGAACAACAAGAGGUACCUCAAGUCGCUGAAACGGAUGAUUUGGCAUGGUUACGUGAAUCCAAUGAGCGGCUUCGAAAUGAAAUGCUAAGGCUCUCAUUGUCAUUGGAGCCAUCAGAAAAGCAUCAGCAACAACAGCAGCAGCAUAUCAAAGAGCUCGAAUCAAGCAAUCAAGAGAUGGCUACAGAAUUAAUUGAAUGCCGUGAGCGACUUGCCGACACACAAGCUCAGCUAGAUGCAAUGCGUCUUCAAAUGGAAAAGCUAUUGUUGGUAUCAUCACAACAAGAACAAUCCAUGGUGCUCGCCUCUCAUACACCACCGCCACAAAAGCCAGCAUCCAUGCCAAUGCGUACAUUAUCAGCUGUUGUUCAUCAUCAUCAUCACAUUUUGCAUCACCACAACAAUAUCAAAUGUCUACAGGACGCUGCUGUUCAAACACAAACGGAUGAUGCAGAAGACCAACACGUACUUGAACGAUUGCGAGGCACUGAUAUGCGUACAUUAAAUCGAGCAUUGAAUCGAGCCUUCGAUAUCAAGGAGAUGAAUGAGACCAGCAAUGGGAUGAUACAGUCUAUUUUGAGCGAGAUGCGGCCCAAGGACGAUAUUUCCAAGAACAUGCUUACUGAAAUUGGACAAUUACGCAUGAUAAUCAAUGAUCUACAGCUUGCUUAUGUGAGCAAGGUCCAGGAACAGGAGGAAAAAGUGAUCCAACAACAACAAUGCAAUGAUGAGCAAACCAAAGGAUCAACAACAGCUAUUGGCCGAUUCAUGGAUAUGGUAUCAUCCACGUUGGAUAGCACCAGCAGCUCUUUGUCCUUUCAAGACAAUUCAAAUGUCACCACUCCCUCUAUUGUAGGGCGACUACAAUCAUGGACCACUGAACAAGUAACGAGGAAACGUCAUAGUAUGCUACGUCCUCCAAGCGUCGAUCAUACCUUGUCUCAUGCCAGCCAAGAUUGA